UCAGUUUGGAUAUUAGGAAUCGAAAACACCAAAAUGAAGAAGAAUCUUAAGAAUCUUGGAUUGAGGAAUCUGGACCGGAGGGUGGGGUCGAAGAAUAUACAAGAACUAAGCAAACUUCGUGAAAACCCAAAAUCCAUUUCUUCGACAACAUCACCAUGACAAGAAACGUCUUUCUUUAUGUUACAUUUCCUCACACAGUGUUGAAACUUAAAUUCUUGAGAUAUGGAGAGUCCAUUAAUAUUAAUGCGGCAUAAAGAUUCUUCAGAUGGGCGUAUAGACAUGCAGAUGAUAGGCACCUUCUUGAGUUUCGCAUCAAGGGGUGACAGAGUUGGUCUUAACCAGAUGUUGAGGCAGGGUAUUUCUCCCAAUGUGCAGGACUAUGAUAAAAGAACUGCCCUCCAUCUUGCUGCCAGUGAAGGCCACGCCUCUAUUGUUGAGCUUCUUUUGGCUUAUAAGGCUGAUGUUAAUCUCAAAGAUAGGUGGCGCCGUACUCCCUUAACAGAUGCAAAAUUGUACGGGCACCGUGACAUAUGCAGGAUCCUUGAGGUCUGUGGUGGCAAGGAUUCCAACAGUGAUAAUCCUUUGACUGUUCGGCAUGAAGGGGAUUCAAUUGAAGUGAAUAUUGACAUAUCUGAACUUAAUAUGCAGCACUCAUCAAUGAUUGAGCAGGGCUUAUUUGGGGAGUCUGAAAAGGUCAAAUGGCGUGGAACAUGGGUGGUCAAAACAGCAAUCAAAAGGGUGUUUUCUGCAAAGGUUAAUACUUUACUGAGGGAACUUCGACAUCCAAAUAUUUUACAGUUUCUUGGAUCAAUUGUGCAUGGUGACGAAAUGAUCUUGAUCACAGAGUAUUUGCCAAAAGGAAACUUGCAAGAUAUUUUAAGAAAGCGUCUUGACCCCCCAACCGCUUUGCGUUAUGCACUCGACAUUGCUAGGGGAAUGAAUUACAUCCAUCGGCACAAGCCCUUGCCUAUCGUUCACAGUAACUUGCAUCCGAAGAAUUUGUUACUAGAUGAAGGUGGGCACUUGAAGAUUGGUGAAUAUUGGGUUCAAAUAUUGGAUAAUCAGAUAUAUGCAAAUCAAGACUGUUGCCAAGUAAACAACGGAUGUAACUUUAUCAGCCAUUUGUGUCAUGACAUCAGCAAAGAUAUUUAUUCAUUUGGCCUCAUCUUUUACCAGAUGCUGGAAGGAAGACAAAUAACUGACAGGACCAGUUCUGAGCCCAUGCAUAUCAAGUCUAUUGAUUUGGAGAAAAAGUUGUAUACAGGUCGAUACCCCAGUAGAAUUCUUCAGUUAAUAGAGGACUGCACCAGUACAGUUCCUUCUACAAGGCCAUCAUUUUCUACAAUCAUAGAAAUUCUAGAAGAAGUCUCUUUAUUAUCAAGAAAAACAGGUUGCCCACCUUGCAAUAAAAGCAACAGCCCCAAGUAAAGGAAUUUGCUAGUGAAGGAUAUGUUUUUUAAUUUUAAUAUAAGGAUAUGCUUGAUAUACCAUAAUUUUGAAAAAGUCUGAAGAACACUUCUGAUCCUGGUUCAUGAAUUGUAAUUUGUAAAGUAUAUCUCUGAGUUUCCCUAGUUGACUUUCAUCUAUUUGACUUUGUUUGUAACUUAUGAAUUUAA